AUGGAUUUACCAAGCAAUCAAUAUUACACUAAUAAUCUCCCAUUAACAUCAUUUCAAUCACAGUCGUCAACAACAACACCACCACCACGUCAAACAAGUAAUGGAACAUACAACAGUUACAGCGGAGAAUCCACAGAAACACUGAACACUAAAAGAUCGAAUAAUUUCAUAUAUGCAACGACACAAUUAAGACAAGAAGAAGAGUUGAAGAGAGAAAAAAAGGAAUCGUUGCAGAUUUUGUCUAUGAGUCCUGAUACGUCCUUUGGUUGUAGAGGUAAUUUUAGGCAGCAAAUGAGGACAAUGUUGAGACACCAUUUCAUUCUUCAGAAGCGUUACUUUCGCUCCAUUUUCGCUUUUGUAAUACUCGCUCCAAUCAUCGUGUUGCUCAUAAUGCUCGGAAUUCAACGAUCAUUCGAUUACGAUACGAAACUUGACGCAGUAUUUCGUUAUCAAAAUUUAAGCCUUGAUGAGUUGCGUACUAGUAAUCUGUUUGUUUUGAACGGCGAGACACCAACUUGGGAUUUACCAGGAUUAUAUCAAUGCGUGCCACCACGAGCGGAGAAAACAAAAUGUAUUACAUUAUUAUAUGCGCCAAAUGAUCAAACAACAUCCAAUAUCAUGAAUGAAUUUGUUAAAAAAAAUAGCGAUCGAACAGGCGAAACUUUAACCUUGAGCAAUGAUUCAUUGUCUGAUCUAAACGAACCAUCGAGUAAUCUCGGGAUUGUGCCAACAGCAAGCAGCGAAUUCAUCUACAACUACACACUCCGAAAUCCCAAAGUUGCGCAAUACGCUGUCUCAUUCCAUUAUCCAACCCCAACUCAAAUAGAAUACACAAUCUGGUACAACUUUACCACAACCGCAAAUUUCAGCGUUUAUGGUGAUUCGUAUGACAAUAGCAAUAACUUCGGUUUCGGAAUGAAAUUAAACAACCACGAUCCAAUCACGAUUGAGACUCUAAAAGUUGAUCAAUACGGAAACGAGUUGUUGACAAUUAUGCGUGGAAUCGACGAGGCUAUUUUCGCAGCUCAGGCUGGUGCUUCGAAUGCUAAAAUCGAUAUAAAACUAAAAGAGUUUCCAAAUAUGCUUAUUCGGACUACUACCCCGCCGAAAAAUCCUAAUAAUAAGAUUAAUGGAGAUGUAUUCCAAAAUAACGGAAUGAUUUUGGCGUUGCCUGCUCUGCUUGUUUUCGCAAUUGUUGGUGUGUUAGAAGUUGUUACCGAGAAAGAGCUUGGGCAAAGAGGGUGGAUGGAAAUGAUGGGUCUUCGCGUAAGUGUUUACUGGAUUGCACGUUAUAUCAGUGCUUCUUAUAUCGCAUUUUUUCAAGCUUUGACAUUGUGCAGUGUGGGCUGGAUUUUUGAAUUCCCGUAUUUUCGAAAUACUAAUUUCAUGGUAAAUCUAAUCAUGUUUACUCUCUAUGCAUGGGCAAUGCUCUCAUUGGGUUACUUUCUCUCGACAAUAUGUAACCGCUAUCCAUUCGUGUUCUCGUUAAUCACAUUCAUAUAUCAAUCAAUCGCAGCGAGUUACUGGGCAGUAUGGUACGAAAAGUCGCAAAAAUUCUCGCUUGGAAUUGUUAUUGGAACAUUUUUGCCGUUUUUCCAAUUUUCUGAACUAUACAGCCAAAUUGCUGCAAAAUCAACCGACGUUGCAAGCGAUCUAUUCGAUCUAUCAGCAACUGACGCCACACCUACGAAAUCAUUCAACUGGGAUUCUCUGGCCGAAUAUGCAUUGGUUGAUGGACUAGGGAACAAGAUUAGCGUCGAUGAUCUUAAUGCAUUUCCGAAGCCGUAUCGCGCGUUAAUAAUUCUCGCGUUCCAGAUUGUGUUUUAUGCAAUGCUGGUGUGGAUUGUAGAUCAGGGUCCGAUUCUGUUGAUGAAAUUUCGGUUAACAGAUAGUAUUGUGAAUGAUCUUGGUGAUGAUAACGGCAGCGAGAAAAGAGAUUCACUUGACGAAAUGGACUCAGAUCUUUUGGGAGAACGAGAUCGUGCUAAAGAUAUGAAUAGACGAUUUGGACUACGAAUAGUAAGACUUGUGAAGGAAUUUAAAGGAAAAUUUCUAUACGAAUCAAAAGAACGAAAGAUCGCAGUUAACGGAUUGUAUUUAACUAUUGAGGAAGGACAGUUAUUCGCGCUCUUAGGGAAAAACGGCGCUGGGAAAACAACCACAAUCUCAAUGCUCGCUGGUCUCCUAAAACCCACGUCUGGCUCGGCAUUCAUCUACGGCAAAAACAUUCUCACGGAUAUGACAUUAAUUCGUACAUCGAUGGGCAUUUGUCCGCAGCACGAUAUCUUGUUUAACGACUUGACGUGCCGCGAACACAUUGAAUUAUUCUCGGGAAUCAAAGGGAUGGUGUGCACUGAUGCCUCAAUAAAAAAAUUGUUGGCCAAAGUCGAUUUGGUGAAUGCUAAAAACUUGUUGACGCGCAAGUUGAGCGGUGGGAUGAAACGACGGUUGAGUGUUAUUAUUGCGUCGAUUGGGGAUCCAAAAUUUAUGGUUUUAGAUGAGCCGACGACUGGCAUGGACCCUUUGAAUAGACGGAAAGUCUGGUCAUUCUUAUCUGAAUACAAAAAGGAUCGAAUCAUACUGCUGACUACACAUUCGAUGGAAGAGGCGGAUUUACUUGGAGAUCGAAUUGCUAUUAUGAGCAAAGGCAAAAUACGGGCAAUUGGAAAUUCAACACAUUUAAAGACAAAGCAUGGAAACGGUUACACGAUCCAAAUACAAACUGAUCAAAAAAAUAUUGUCAACACACAAAUCCGAAUCGCAAGACUAGUCCCGCUCGCAAGACUUAAGGACGAAAGUGCUAGCUCAUUAAUCUACCAGAUUCCGCCCGAGGCUUUAUCCGAGAUUUCAAGUUUGGUUGAUUGGCUGGAAGAGAAUCCGGAUGGUGUGAUUAGCGGGUGGGGAAUUAUGAAUACAACAUUGGAGGACGUGUUUCUUAAUGUUUCGAGAGCUUGUGACAGUACGGAUGAUGACAAUAAUAGGGAUGUCGAGAUUGGAAGAUUGAUGGGACGAAGUCCGAGUGUUUUUUCACACUUCUCGAUUUCGUCUUCUUUAUUUGGGUCAAAACAUUAUCAAUGGCCGUAUGGUGUACCUAAUUCGCUGACGGAUAAUAAUGAAGAAAGGGAUAGCAUUAUAAUGUCACGACACUUAUCGACUUCCUCUAGAUCUAUACUACAACGAAAAACACCUCGAUCGAGCACCGCUAGUUUCUCUGGUUUUUCUGAUAUCACUGCUUUACAAAAAAGUGGCUCAUUUAACGACAACAUAUCAGAACGACAAUCGCCAUCACAAAAAUAUCAAAAUCGCAAUAGUUAUAGCAGCCGGACAUUAUCCCGAUUAUCGAACGUUAUUCCAAUCGAACUACAGCAAGAUAAUAAAGAAAACGACAAAAAAAUCUCUGAAGAUAAAGGUGAGAAUACUUUAUCCUCAUUUGUUUCUCAUCGCCAGUUUGCUAUUGACGAACGAAGGAGAACCGACAUAAUCUAUUAUGAGCCAAGAAAUACGCAAGAUUUCACCCAUUUCAAUAAUUGGCUGCCAUCACAAAUGCGACAUGCUGUUUCCAAGCAACAGAUAUUAGAGAAACUGGCGAAACUAAAGGAAAGUCGCGAGGACAGUAUUGAGAAUGAAGAAAUAAACAAAAAAGAUGAACAAAAAGGACACAAAAGUGAUGUUAAGGGCAAAAAGCGAAUUGAAACUACGACUGAGGAGUUCAGUAGUAAUAUCGAUAGUAGAACAAAUAACAAUAUUACCUCGAAAUCUUUAACUGAUGAACAAUUUGUCGGACGACAACAUUUUUCGUCUCCAUCAUCAUCCAGAACUUCGACACCACAUCAUGAAUCUAGCGGAAUAUCAACACUUGCAUCUCAACAACAAAAUUCGUCACAAAGUUUACGACUUGAAAGAGAAGACAAAAAUAGCGACAAUAGCGAAGAAGUAAGACUGAACAUUACGUCGGAAGAAAGUGUAGAUUUUGAAGAAGAAAUCUCGUCUUUUUCGUCAGGCGAUAAAACCCCUACGCAGUUUCUAAGCACUAAUGCAACAAAUGAAAGUUUAACUUAUAAUGAUAAUGCUAGUAAUCAUAACAGUAUAAUCGGAGAUAGUAAUCGAAUGUCGUUUGAACCUCAUGCAUUAUAG